AGCACAAACGAACUACUUUUUGUUCCAGGGUCACGUGUGCACAGAAAUGAGGGAAGUUUCCAAUAUUUUAUAUCAGAUUUCAAGUCGGUAUGUAGGUAUUACACACCAGCAUUCUCGUUUCCGUUUUUGAAAUAAUUAUUUAUUGGUUUGACACAUGAUGACUGAAAAGAACAACAUGGAAUGUAUAUUUUUGAAAAACUACAGUAGCAAUACGGGGGAAAAUAUCAGAAUGUGCGUAGUUACCCCCCUCACCAAUACCUCUACUACCCUGCUGCAAUAGAAGGCAGGAAAUUGCUGAAAUGCUUACGCAAGCAGUAAAAUGACUAUGAGAAGAUGGAACUGAAAGAGAUUCCUGCUGAAAAUAUUAUUCGACCAUUAAACCGCAAUGAGGUCAUAAGUUUGAUCAUACGCCUUACAGCAUUUGGUGCAGUCACCUAUUUUACAAUAAAGUGGAUGGUUAAUGCUAUUGAUCCAACAAGAAAACAGAAAGCUGAGGCACAAAAACAGGCAGAAAAACUCAUGCGGCAGAUUGGAGUACCGAAAGUAAAGCUUUCUGAAUAUGAGAUGAACAUUGCAGCUCAUCUUGUGGAUCCAUUGACAAUGCAGAUUACGUGGCAUGACAUUGCAGGUCUGGAUGAAGUCAUAACUGAACUGAGAGACACCGUUAUAUUUCCCAUCCAGAACAGAGAUCUGUUUAAAGGAUCCAGGCUUCUUCAGCCACCCAAAGGUGUGCUGCUGUAUGGGCCUCCAGGCUGUGGGAAAACUCUUAUAGCCAAAGCUACUGCCAAAGAGGCUGGAUUCCGCUUCAUUAACCUGCAGUCUUCCUCUCUCACUGACAAAUGGUAUGGAGAAUCCCAGAAACUAGCUGCAGCCGUGUUUUCGCUGGCCAUCAAGUUACAACCUUCUGUUAUUUUCAUUGAUGAGAUUGAUUCCUUUUUGAGGAGUCGCUCAAGUUCAGAUCAUGAGGCCACCGCCAUGAUGAAGGCUCAGUUCAUGAGCUUAUGGGACGGUCUGGAUACUGACUACAACUGCCAGGUCAUAAUAAUGGGAGCCACCAAUAGGCCAUAAGAUCUUGAUUCUGCUAUACUCCGAAGGAUGCCCACAAAAUUCCACAUCUUUCAGCC